AUGAAUUCUCCAAAACAAUCUCCUCCUGCAUCGAGGUCAUCGGGGAAACUUGUAAGCUCGCUAUCGGCCGCUCUGACUCGGCGCGAAGCUAAGUCUGCCCGCCGCAAGCUCACUAUUCUGCCUAAGACAGCCAUUGACUUCUCCUCCAAUGACUUUCUUUCUCUCUCUCAGUCUCCUGUCUUUCGGGGCAAGUUCUUAUCCCAUGUGAACAAUGCGCCAGAGUCUUUCCCCUUUGCCAGUGGCGGGUCGCGGCUCUUGGAUGGCAAUUCAGCCUAUACAGAGGAACUGGAGCGUUUCGUGGCUAAAUUCCACGAAGCGCCCACAGCGCUUUUGUUCAACUCUGGAUACGACGCUAACGUAGGAAUACUGUCUAGUAUCCCUCAACCUGGCGAUGUAAUUUUGUAUGAUGAGUUUAUUCAUGCUAGUUCUCAUGAGGGGAUGCGGCUCUCCAGGGCAGGCACGACGAAAAAGUUUCCCCAUAGCUGUCCAAAUGGGUUCCGGGAAGUUCUGUUGAGACAAGUCUCCAGUGAUCCUAAAAUUGCGGAUGGAACGCGCAAUGUCCUCAUUGUUAUCGAGUCCAUAUAUAGUAUGGACGGAGAUAUCGCUCCCAUCAGGGAAUUUGUUCAGAUCGUAGAUGAUCUUCUUCCCUGUGGAAAUGGCUAUUUCAUUGUUGACGAGGCGCAUGCAACCGGUGUUCUUGGUCCCCGGGGUGCUGGUGUGGUACAAGAACUUGGAAUUCAAGACCGCAUGCUCAUAAGAGUCCAUACAUUUGGUAAAGCUCUAGCUUGCCAUGGAGCAAUGGUACUAUGUGGACCUGAAAUCAGAGACUACCUGAUCAAUUAUGCCCGCAGCCUUAUCUACACGACUGCGUUGGGAUUUCCAUUUCUUGCAUCCAUCCGCACUGCCUACGAGCUUUUAUCGUCCGGAGAAAUGACGAAGUUGCAGGAUAGAGUGCAAGAACUCAUUGGCUAUCUACGUCAACGCCUGGAUAGUCUCCAGAUCACCCAAUCGACGGUCUUUAAGGUGGCCCAUUUUCCUACCUCCCCCAUCAUCUCAUUGCUGACUUCACACCCGCGUCAGCUGGCAGCUGCCUGCCAGAAAGAGGGAUAUAUUGUCCGUGCUAUCAUGUCGCCCACGGUCCCAGAGGGAACAGAACGAGUGCGGGUGUGUAUGCAUGCUGGCAAUACAAAGACAGAGAUUGAUGGUUUAGUCCAAAAUAUCCAGUCAUGGCUAGAUCUCAACUCAGUCCAAAUUAAAUCAAAUCUAUGA